GGGGCCAGCCAGCGUAAGACAAACUGCCAAAAAAAAUAUUUUUCGGAGUUGGCGCCAUUUUAGUUUCCCGCUCCCCCAUUACCCCGAGGAUUCCUCCCAAUCUUCUUCCCCGUUUAGAAAAACCCUAAAAAAGUUCACUCCCAUCUUCCUCUUCCUCCCCCUCGCUAUCAAUCAACAAGCCUCUUAAUAUUAUUCGCCGGCGCAUACUUCCCGGCGGCGGCUAGAUGUUCUACUCGCAGACGUUUUUGGCGCGGAAGGGCCCGCUGGGGACGGUCUGGUGCGCCGCUCAUCUUCAGCACAGGCUCAAGAAAUCACAUUAUACUUCCACCGAUAUCAUAGCCGUCGUCGAACGCAUAAUGUACCCAGAAGUGCCGAUUGCGCUUCGGAUGUCGGGCCACCUUUUGCUAGGGGUUGCGAGGAUCUACUCCAAGAAAGUUGAUUAUCUAUUUCAGGACUGUAAUUUGAUGAAGGUUAGCUUGAGGAAUGCCUUCACCAUCACAGUAGACAUUAAUCUGCCAGAGAAUGCCAAAACAGCCAAGCCGGAUUCAGUCACUUUGACCCGAACAUUUGACCUCGAUUCAUUGAAGAUGGACGAUGACAUUUACAAUAUUGAUGGGUCACCUGAUAGCCAUUGCAAAACUCGAGAGGAAAUCACGUUGGACGAUCAAAUUCCUACGGGGAGAGAGCCGUUUUUUGCUGUAACUUUCGACGAGGACAUCACAAUGGAUGAUACUUCACAACAAGACCUAGCUCGUGAUUUAGGAGUUAGACCAGUAGUGGAAGACGCCGAUCGUGAUGUAAACAACCAAAACCACGAAGGAGGUGGACCAAGCAAUGAUACAGAAAUUCUUACUGAACCUGCAGAAUUGGGGGAUGUCGGUCCUAGCAAUGAUACAGAAAUGCUUACUGAACCUGCAGAGUUUGGAGAUGCCGGUCCAAGCAAUCAAACCGAAGUGCUCACUCAAGCAACCGGAUUGCAGGAUCCUGGGCCAAGCAAUCACACAGAAGUGCUCACCGGAUCAGCAGCAUUAUCACAGGGCACUGGCAUAAGGGAUCGUACUAUGAUAGAUGAUGUACUUACUGAGAAUGUGGAACCUAGUCCAGUUGAAAAAAUUCGUGAUGCUCGUGAUUUUAGUCCAAGAAGAGCACCACUUGUGUCUCCAAAUGUGGAAAAGGAUGAUGGUGCUGAUCGAAACCGGCUUCCAGAACAAGAUGUGCUUGAGAGUGGGAUAAAUAUUCGGAUUCCAGAAGAACCUUCCUCUUCUGGAGUACAUUCUUUUCGACUUAGGCCACACUCAGAACCUCCUACCUCUGCUGUCUCUGGAGGAUCGAGACUAAUCUUUGAUGAAAAUAUGUCUCCUGGCCAAGCAACACCUGGAUUUGCUAUCGUUGCACCUUCACCUGUUCAGCAGCCACAGCGGAGGGCCAGAAAGAGAAAUAAUUUAUUCGAUCAUGCCACAGUAUUGACGAACAAGUUUGUGAAGAAGGCCUUGAAUGAUUGUACUGAUUUGUUGCGCAAAAAGAGGGCUCCACCUUCUGCUUUGAGCAUCUGGAAGCUGACCAAGAAAUCAAGGAAUGAUCAAGUUUUCCAGGAGCCACUAAUAACAGGCUUGUCCCCUGAUAUAAGUACCUACUUUGCCACGGACCAUAGCUUUGCUAUUCGUCAUCCAAUUCCUCAGCUGGAAGAUAUUGCUGAACCUACUGGUCCUUCAUCUCCUAUUCAAUCAACUGCUGUAGAUGUCAAUCCAGAGCCUACAGUUCCAAAUUCUCCUCCUGUUAUUCAACCCAUCUCGCCCAGAAAUGACCCUUCUGAAUCUCAAGCUCCCACAGUUGAUCCCACUACUACUGUGGAGCCCACUAAUAGGAACUCAUCAAACCCAGAGCCUAAUGAUACUGAUAUGGGCAUGGAUAUGGAUAUGGAUGAUAUUGACUUUGAGCGUAUUCGGGAUGAUGGAGGAGGCCAUCAUAGCAACGAUGAUGUUCUAAAAGAAAUUUCGAUGAGUUCUCAUGUUCAAUAUGGGCCUUUUCCUAGACAAGAUUCAUCGACUCCCAGUCCUAGGCAUGUGCAUUCAACCACAGUGCGUGAUGGGAUAGGAAACACUGGUGCAAGUGACAUGCUGCACACUGCAGCAGACUUUGGUGCCUCUACUAGUACAUUCAGUUCUGGGUUGAGGACUCCAAGAAUGUUUGGAGAGGACACUCAGCUCUCCAAUAUCCUUGAAGUGAUGGAUAGUCCAGAAUCAGAAGGCCGUUAUUCUGGUGGGGGAGAUAGCACACCUGCUGGGUUUUAUAGGGUAGGGAAUCAAGGAGUUCAUCGAUUGUCUGGUAGAACAAGGGCUGUGGCUCAGUAUUUGGAAAGACAAUCCCCUAUUACUCCAACGUUGGGAGAAGAUCAAACCAGAGAUAUCAGUCUCAACAAGCUCUUAGAAGGGAAGACCAGGAGGGUGUGCGCCCGAAUGUUCUUCGAGACUCUGGUUUUGAAGAGCCAUGGAGUCGUUGAUGUGGAACGAGAGAAAGGACAGGGCCAAGCUCGUCUGAAGUUUGAUGUGGAACAAGAGGAGCCCUAUGGUGACAUUCGUUUGAAGCUGACUCGUUUGGCGACGUAACAUAUCGGUAGUAUUGCAUAUAUAAGGUAUUUUAGGUCAUGAACCAUCCAGUCCUUGCUAAAAUUUCGUCAAAUCACGUUCAAGGAUUCGGUCGACACAUCCUCCGCCGUCUGGUUUGGCCGGCGUUUGUCCGCUUCCGCCGGGACUAAAGGUUGCUACUUCGUGCAGUAGGAAGAAUUCAACGGCGGUGGUUUGCAGGAUUCCACGUGAUGAGGAAAUUUAAUAUUCGAUGGCUGCUGAAGCCAUUCUGAUCCCAGUUGCAAAAUCAAUCCUCGGCAAGGCAGCCGACUUGGCUGCGGAGCAGAUUGGGCUCCUAUGGAAUUUCAAACGCGAGCUCAAGAAACUCAAGGACACUGUCACUAUCAUCCAGGCCGUGCUUCGUGAUGCAGAAGAGAAGCAGUUCCACAACCAUCAAGUCAAAGACUGGCUCGACAAGCUCUCGGAUGUAAUGUAUGAUGCUGAUGAUCUGCUCGACGAUGUCUCUACCGAGACUCGUCGGAAGGCCAUGACAGCGGAAGCAAAUGGUGGCAGGAGAAGGACGAUGGCGACGACGACGACUUGUUGGAGUGUGGUAUGCUUUCUGUUCUCCUCGCUUUGUGAACAAUUGGCAUACGAUCUAAAGAUGGCUCAUGCCAUCAGGGCUAUUAGGGAGAAGCUCGAUGAUAUAUCGAAAGACAAGGAUGGUUUACAUCUGGAGGUUUUAUCUAAGGAAGAUGCUCUUCCUUCGAGGGAGACCGACUCUUGUCCACCCACAAUUGUUGUUGGGAGGGAAGAUGACAAGAAGAACAUCAUUCAGCUACUGCUCCAUUCUAACUGUGAAGCCAAUAUCUCUGUCGUCCCCAUUGUUGGAAUGGGCGGGUUGGGGAAGACUACCCUUGCUCAGCUUGUAUAUGAUGAUGACCGAGUUGAAGCUUAUUUCGAUACCAAGGUUUGGGUAUAUGUUUCACAGAGCUUUGAUAUCAAAGUAAUACUUGGAAAGAUGCUACAAUCUAUAAAUCCUCAGGGUCAAGUGGGCUCCUCGCUAGACAAUUUGCAAGCUGAACUCCGAAAAAGCAUCAAGGGGAAGAGGUUUUUGUUUGCAUUAGAUGAUGUUUGGGAGGAGAAUGUUGAAAGUUGGGAACUUUUGACCAAGUAUUUGAUAGUUGGCGCACCUGGCAGCAAAGUGUUGGUGACUACUCGAUCCACGAAAGUUGGGGAAGUCGGUGGCAGGACUUUGAAGUCGGAAACAAGUACCAGCAUAGUGGCACCCUAUCUCUUAGAAGGCUUGUCACUAGAAGAGUCUUGGGAUUUGAUGGUGAAAAAGGCCCUUCCCAGAAAGAUCACAGUAGACCCAUAUGUAAAAGAAAUUGGGCAAGAUAUAUUGCGUAAAUGUGGUGGAGUUCCACUUGCUGUGAGCUCAAUAGCCGGUAUGCUAAUAAGUUCAAAACAUCCCAAAAUAGAGUGGCCGUCGUUCUUACACAAGGGAUUUUUGAGCAUAUCUGAAGACGGGAAUCGUACUAUGGCAGCCCUCCAGCUAAGUUUCAGUCAUCUUCCUUCCCAUAUGAAACAUUGUUUUGCUUACUGUAAGCUGUUUGCAAAAGGUUUUCUGUUCGAUGUUCAAAUGCUGGUUCAAUUCUGGAUAGCACAAGGGUACAUUGAGUCAGAGGAUGAAGGCAUGGAUUGCUUCAAAAUGUUAUGGUGGAGGUCAUUCUUUCAAGAGGUGAAGACAGAUGAAUUUGGGAAUAUUUCAAGUUGUAGAAUGCAUGAUUUGAUGCAUGACUUAUCUGACUCAAUAACUAGGGAUAAAAUCCGCAGAAUUUCCAGCUCAACUGCUGCUCUAACAAAUUUUACUUCAAGCUCUCGUCAUUUGUCUUUGUUUGAAGAAGGUGAUGAUAGUAUUUCGCUAGAAGAAGCUGACAACAGCAUCGUCGAUGAUGAGUUGAAAAAUGCAAGCAAGGUGCGAAGUUUUCUAUGUUGGAAAGAUCUAUCAACAGAAAAUUGGGAAGGAGUCCUUCUCAAGUUCAACCGCUUGCGAGUGUUGAUAAUGGUUGCGAAAGUAUCAAAAAUAUCCACCGCUUCAAAACAACUGUCUUAUGUUAGUAAGCUGAAGCAUUUAAGAGUUCUCAGUUUCUUCUGCCAAGGGAUGAAAAGGGUUCCAGAUUCCAUUACCAACUUGCUCAAUCUGCAAGUGCUUAUGGUGACUUCCAGCUCAUUAAACGAACUUCCAAGAGGUCUUAGGAAGCUGGUUAAUUUGAAGCAUUUAAUCCUUCACCCAGAUUGUUUGAAAAAUUUCACCUAUAUGCCAAAAGGGAUUGGGGAGUUGAAGCAUCUUCAGACUUUAUCCUUUUUUGUGAUGGGCAAGAAGAACUACGUAAAUGACAAGACCAUUGGGGAAUUGGAUGAGUUGAAAGGCCUGAAUGCCUUGUGUGGAGAGUUGAUCAUUACAAACUUGGCAAAUGCUGAGACUCUUGGCACAUGUGUUCAUGUUUUGAAGAACAAGCUACUUCUGCAUUCUCUGGUUCUCAAUUGGAGUCGGUACGAUGUUACUCCACAGUCUAUCAGUGAUGAAGAGAUCCUGGAAAUGCUCUGCCCCCACCCUAAUCUUAUGAAAUUGAAGAUAUGUGGCGGGUACGGAGGUGUGAAACUCCCCAACUGGCUGUCUACCAUCAGAAAUCUGGUGGAAAUCUCGCUGGAAAAGUGCACGCAUUGCAAGAACCUCCCACCAUUGCAUCACAUUUCGGGUUUGAAGAAGCUUAACAUUGAAAAUUGUCCACAAUUGAAGAGAAUCAAUAAUAAUGCAGGUGGUGGUGGUUACCAUUGUGAUUCCUCUCCUAAUGACUCAACACCAACCAAGAAAGAGGAUAAGGAGUGGCCCCAGUUUCCAUGUCUAGCCUCCCUGCGCAUCAAAGAUUGCCCCAAUCUAACUCAGGCGCCCACUUUCCCAACUGUUGAAGGUGAGUUGGUGUUGGACGGAGCGAGCUUACAACUAUUAGCUAGAACGAUGGAGAUGAUGAGGGCUGACUAUGCAGAUGAAUUCAUCACCAUGAUUGAAUACGGAGAUACAAACCCUCCUUUUCUUCCUUAUCCUCCUUCAUCGACCUUCGUCUCCCCACUCUCCAAGCUGAGAAAGUUGAGGUUAGAUGGAAUUGAUGAUGAUCUUGAAUCUCUACCAAAUAAUGGUGAUUUCAACAAUUGUCUUGUCUCUCUUCAAGAGUUAAAGGUUCGAGAUAUUCGAUGGGGAGCGAAGCUACCUAGCUCGUUGUGCUCCAGUACAAAUUUAACAGUGAUACAUUUACAACAUUGUGAGAGGGUAAAGUACUUGCCACCCCUACAUAAACUCCCAUAUUUGGCAGAGCUAUUAAUUGGGAAUUGUCCGAGGCUAAAGGGUUGUUGGCCGAAGAAGAAGGGGGAGGAGUGGCCUCAUUUCCCUUGUCUUUCCACCUUGCAAAUUAGAGGUUGCCCAAACUUGACUCGGAUGCCCUUGUUUCCAACAAUUGAAGGCAAUUUGACUUUGUGGAUGACCAGCUCACGGGCACUGGUCGAAACAAUGAAGAUGAAAGUGACAACUCAUGACUACAAUUUUCCACGGUAUUCUACUACUACUACAACGGAAACGGGUCCUUCUCCUACUUUGCCGAGGACUGUACUUGUUAGCCCACUCUCUAAGUUGACAAGCCUGUCGCUCUGUGGAAUGGAUGACCUAGAAUCUCUACCAGAAAAAGGCCUUGGAAACCUCAGUUCUCUCCAGGAGUUGGUGAUUGAAAAGUGUCCCGGACUAGCAACUCUGCCUCCCGCAAUGCAACAACUCACCUCUUUACAAACGUUGGAUAUUUGGAGGUGUCCUAGGUUGGCAGAGCGAUGCAGAAAGGAAGAUGGUGAAGAUUGGCACAACAUUUCUCACAUUCCAUUCAUAGAAGUGGACGGAAAGACGCUCCAAAAAUCAGGCUGCCAAAGAUGAAGGGACAAUUGGUAGCCAGUCGACUCAUCAACUCAAAAACUACUGCCACUAGGAACUAAAUCUUUAGCAUUACUAAGUUAUUUGUAAUUUUGUAUCUAGUUCUCUGCCACAUUAGAAAACUGCUCAUACCUGACUGAGAUGCAUCUGUUUCCAGCCGAGGAGCCGUCUCGUGCCUUGAGUUUUGCAUCGUAUGGUUUCUUAUUUGCCUGUGUCAAGGGAUUGUAUAUAUAGUUCACCAUCUCUUGUUUUGCCCUUACUCUGUACCUUCCUUUUCAAAGUAGAGGACCAAUCGUAUUGCAAUCUUGGUGUCUGCUUAGGAAAACAUGAUCACAUUUAGAAGUGAGCUCCACUUUGCUAAUGCUGUAUUGAUAAAUCUCAAUGGUAUAUGAGAACUGGGUUGCCAUCCGUUUUCAUUGGACUUCGUUG